CUAGGUCGCCAGCUGCUCGUUAUCGAUUCAACGAGCGUGCUACAUGACAUGGAGGCGGGCAUUUUGUGUUUUUUAAAAGCCUACUCCACAGCGCAGAUACACGAUCCUGCGUCUGCCUACGAUACUCUCCUUGAGAAUGUUUUGAAGCACUAG